AUGUCUAGAGAAUUAUUUGGUGGCGCUAUUUCCAUGUAUAUUCCUCCUUCCUUUGUGGAUGUCAGUAAUAUAAGAGAUGUACCGGAUAACCAAGAAGUUUUCGCAGAUUUGAAAGCGGAUCAAAGUAUUAUCAUUGAAAUACUACAAUUCAUUCAUCAAGCUUCAAAUGAAGAUGCUGCAAGGUAUCAUUUUGAAUCUGUUGCUAACGAUAAUGAUGCAGAAGACUUAAGUACUAUACAUCAAAUUACUCAAUUAACCUCACAAGAAGUUCCAACCCUUCCACCUGACACACAAAUGUAUUUUUGUACAGGAAGACAGUCUGUAGCAAAGUUUAACGAAACAGAUCCAGAUGCUCGUAAUUUAGUGAACGUUUAUUUGGCAGUAUUUAGACUCCCAAAAUAUGAUACCGAUAUUGUUAUAACUUAUAAUAUACCCAUUUUUAUUGGAGCUAAAAGCAGUAGUAAUCAAACAAUUCAACCUGCUCAAGAAGAAAAUGUUCAAAUCGGAAUUAGUGAAUUCAAAAGAAUGUUGAAAACUUUUAAAAUUAAUGAUUAUGAAUUAUUUGCAAUGUAG